AUGUCAUCUCGUCGUUUAUCUCGUAGUCAAAAUAUAAUUCCAAUACAUUAUGAUGUUCAUUUAACAACUGAUCUUGAUUCUGGUCAAUUUUGUGGUUCAGUUAAAAUAGAUUUAAUUAUAAAACAACAUGAUCAAACAUGUAUAAAACUUGAUGCAUCUCAUUUAAUAAUUGAUCUAUCAUCAAUUUCAUUAAUAUUAAUAUCAUCAUUAACUAAACUUGAAUGUACAGUUGAAACAAAUGAUUUAAAUGAAAUUCUUGAAAUACGUCUUUUAAAUGAAAAAACAUUUUCUUUCGAUAUACCAUAUCGUUUAAUUAUAAAUUCAUUUUCUGGUCAUAUAACAACACAAAAUCAAAUUGGUUUUUAUCGUUCAACUGUUGAUAUAUUAUCAUAUAAUGAUAAUAAUUCAAAUGAAACAUGUAUUAUAAAAAAACAUUAUGGUAUAACACAAAUGUCACCAACACAUUGUCGUCGUGUAUUUCCAUGUUUUGAUGAACCAUCAUUACGUGCUACAUUUGAUUUAACACUUGAUAUACCACGACAUUUGCAAGCUCUAUCAAAUAUGCCACAACUUUAUUCACAAGAUAAUUUAUUAAAUAGUGGAACAAAACGUAUACAUUUUCAACGAACACCAUCAAUGCCAACAUUUCUUUUAUGUUUUGUUAUUGGUGAAUUUGAUAUGAUUAAAGCUGAACCUGUUGAACGAUUGAAUAAAGAUAAUGGAUUAUCUCCAAUUGAACUUACAGCAUAUACAUUACCUGGUAGAAAACAUGAAGCAACAUUUGCAUUAAAUUGUGCUCAUAAAGCUUUACAUUAUUAUGCUGAUUUAUUUCAAAUUGAUUAUCCUAUGUCAAAACUUGAUCUUGUUGCUGUACCUGAUCUUUUUUAUCCAGCUAUGGAAGAUUGGGCACUUAUUCUUUUUAAGGAAGAAGAAAUGUUAAUAAAUGAAGAUCAUGCUGUUAGUAUACAAUAUCGAAAUGUAUGUCAAUCAGUAACACAUGAAAUAGCUCAUCAAUGGUUUGGUAAUUUAGUAAGCAUUCAUUGGUGGAAUGAUGUAUAUGUUGUUGAAGGUUUUGCCAAAUGGUUUGAAUAUUUGGCAACAGAUUAUAUUGUUCCUGAAUAUAAUGUAUUUUCAGAAUUUUUUUCUACACAAUUUGUACGAUAUUUUGAUUAUUGUAUUAAUAUUCUUCAUAAUGAAGCAGAUGAUAUUGAUGAAAAAGAUUUUUCAUUUGAAGGUUUUAUUUAUUCAAAAGGUUCAUGUUUAAUGCGUAUGUUACAUUUAUUUGUUGGACAAACUGAUUUUCUUGAUUCAAUUCGACUUUAUUUACAACGAUAUUCAUAUCGUACAGCAACUGCAAUUGAUUUUUGGGCAUGUGUUGAAGAAAUAACAAAAUUACCAAUAAAAAAAUUAGUUCAUAGUUGGUGUACAAAAAAAAGUUAUCCUGUUGUACAAGUCAAAAUGAUUGGAUAUGAUGAAACAACAGGAACUUAUGAUUUGGAAUUAAAACAAAUGAGUUUUUGUCGUGGUCAUGAUCAAGAAAAAAAACCAAUUGAUAAAAAAAUUUCUUGUCAUUGUAUUAAAACAAGUGAUCUUAUAUGUGAUACAAAACAUAAUAUAGAUCUAUAUCAAUCAAUUGAUAAUAAUGAUAAUGAUGAAAAUUGGAUUAUACCAAUAACAAUAUUAAAUAAUCAAUCAAAUUAUUGUUUAACAAAAUAUUUAAUGACAAAAAAUCAAGAAAUUAUACAUAUUAAUAUAAAUUCAUCUUUAUCAAUAGAAGAACAAAAUAAUGAUAAUGAACCAUUAAUAAAAAAACGUCGAUGUUUAUUAUUAACAUCAAAUUAUUUUAAAUUAAAUAUAUGUUCAGGUGGUCCAUAUCGAGUAUUUUAUUCAUCAGAUAUGUUAGAACAAUUAAUACAAGCUAUUAUAAAACAAGAAUUAAAUAUAUUUGAUAGAUUUAAUUUAGAAAAUGAUAUGUAUGCAUUAUCAAUGGGUGGUUUUACAUCUUUAGUUGAUUAUUUACAUUUACUUUUAAAUGCUUAUAUGAAUGAAUUAGAUGAUGAACUUGUUUGGAAAGAUAUUGAAAGUAAUAUUAUUCGAAUUGGAACAUUAUUAGAAUAUGAUAAACAAUUAUAUGAUUUUUAUCGAAAAUUUGUUAUUUUUUUUCAUCAAAAUUUAUAUCAAAGAAUUGGUUUAAUAUCAAAUAAUAAUGAAGAUGAAUCAGUUGCACGAAGUCGUUUAAGAUGUUUUUUAUUGGUUAUUUUAGGUACAAUUGGUUAUGAUCCAACUAUAAUAUCAAAUGCUCGUGAACAAUUACUUGUAUAUUUAAAUGAUCAAUCAGUAACUGUUCUUUGGCCAAUAUGUGCAAUAGUAGCUCAUCAUGCAUCUGAAAUUGAUUUAAAUAAUUUAUUUAAAUUAUGGGAACAAUGUCCACGUCGUGAUGAUCGUCUUCGUUGUGCAUAUGGUUUAUCAUAUGUACAAGAAUCAUCUCAAAUUGAACGUGUUUUAAAUUUAUUUACAAUAAAUAGUUCAACAAAUAAUAAUUCAAUACGUUUACAUGAACGUAUUGAAUGUUAUAAAGGUUUUUGUUUAAGUAAACAAGGUCGAUAUUAUUAUCAACGAUAUAUUGAAGAUAAUUGGUUAUUAUUAAGAACAAAUUAUAAUGAUGAAUAUCUUGAAGCACUUAUACGUGAAACAUUUGGUUAUUUUUCAACAAAAGAUGAAGCAUUACGUAUCGAAGAAUUUUUUCUUUCAUAUGAAACAUUUGAACAAAAAUAUAAAAUAAAUUUUAAAGAAACACCAUCAACACCAUGUACACGUAUAGCUGUACAUUUAUGUUUAGAUGAUAAUGAAUUAUUAACAAUUAAUAAAAAUAAUUUAUCAUCACCGCCUAUAUAUAAUCAUCAUCAUCAUCAUCAUUCAAUUAUUCCAAAUAAAGUUAAAGAAGUUGCUUCUAUUAUAGCACAUACAACACGUACACGUGCUGCUUUACUUGAACGUGAUCAUGAUGAUUUACUUGCAUUUUUUCAAUCAGAUUCUUUUUCAAUAUCAUCACCUACUUCAAAUGCAUCAAGUCAGAUUCUUUCAAUUAAUACAACAAAUAUAAUAUCAUCUUCUUCAUCAAUAACAACCACAACAAGUGGAAAUAAACGAAAACGACGAGUUUCUUCAUUAAAUACUAGUAGUUCAUCUCCACCUGUACGGAAUUUAUUAGCAUCGGAUACAAGUGCUUAA